AUGGCUUAUAGGAUGAACAUCUUGGCUAACCAAGUAAAGACUCUGACCUCUAAAGAAGAUGAGACAUGCGAGGAUGAUAAAUUGAAGCAAACUUCAAAGAAAAAAGUGUACAAUGGUAGCAAUAAGAACAACACUGUUGCUAUGGAAAAAGGACAUCUUGGGCUUGUUAAGGUUAACAUGGAUGGAUUGCCAAUUCGGAGGAAAAUGGAUCUAAAUGCUUCUUCUAUAUAUGAGACUUUAGCCCAAGCACGGAGGACAUGCUUGUUAAUCCAACCACAAGCAUCACUUCCACUCAUGAGUGGAACAGAGACUGACUGGGUGAUAGAACUUCAUGAUAGUAGGGAGCUGGAACCCUGA